AUGUUAGUUAGUUAGUUAGUUAAUUUCUUUGUUAGAGACUCGGCUAAAAAAACAAAAAAAACAAACAAACACUCUUUCAAAUCAAAGAAAAAGUACCCGCACUAAAUAAUAAAUUCUCGCGCACUUCUGAAGUUGGAGUAAGAGAACAAAAAGUUAAUAUAGAGCUAAUUAUUUUCAACCAGAGUAAUUAUAAUUUUCAAGCACAACUAUAGACACGCAAUUAUCUUUUGUUAAUUUAUCAGAAAAAAAACUCAUAAAAAUUCUUUCAAACUGUCUCUCUCAAAUUAAAUUGAUUAAUUUAUUGAAAUUUGA